UCCAUAUCAUCAUAUAUCAGAUCCAUCGGUUAUAUAUCUUAAAUGUGUUAGAAAACACUGGUACCAUGGCUACUGAACUUGGCCUUCUCUCCUUGACCCACCUCCACAAGUUGGCUCAAUCACAAGACAACCAAAAUCACAAUCAAAAUCAAGAUCACUAUCAAUUAAACCCUAAUACUUUAACCCCAACUACUACUACUAGUGCUGCUCCUUGGAUGUGGAACCCUAAGGCUCAUCAACACCAUCAGGAAUCUGAUGAAGACUCAUGGGAAGUCAGGGCCUUCGCGGAGGACACCGGCAACGUCAUGGGGACAACAUGGCCGCCGAGGUCCUACACCUGCGCUUUCUGCAGAAGAGAAUUCCGGUCAGCGCAGGCACUGGGCGGCCACAUGAACGUGCACCGCCGAGACCGUGCCAGGCUCCACCAAGUCAUGCCGCCAUCCAAUUCCAUAAACAACCACCCCGCUGCUGCGGUAUCUGCCACUGGCAACGCCGCCUCCUCCUCUUCCUCAGGCGGAGCUUCCUCUUUCUUAAUUCCUACCGGGGAAUUCGUCUCCGCCAAUGGAGGCAACGGCGGAUUAUGUCUUGUCUACCAAUUGCCAAAUUACAACGCCGGCGCUUUCAUGAGCAGUACUACUAAUAAUAUCCCUCCUCCGACGAGUACUAUUAUUACUACUACUACUUCAAAUGCAUGCACUGAUGAUCAUCACUAUCAGCACCACCAGUCGUUGCCGUCGCCCUCAACUCUUCUUUCCAUCUCGCCCUAUCCGGGUGGCCGCGGGCCACGGCCGAUGAUUGGAAGUAGUACUACUAGUAAUUAUAUGAAUACUUAUCCUCAACACUGGGUUGCUGAGGCACCCUCGGAUCACUCAGCUAAUCAUCAUGAUGACAAUAAUGGCGAUAAUGAAGAACUCGAUCUGGAGCUUAGGCUAGGGCAUGGCCCAACCUCAUCUAACUAACAAAGACAAAAGCGUUAUUUUUGGGAUCCUCAUUCCAAGAAGCUGAUUGGGACAGGCCGUAGGCAGGGGGGCUUUACAUUUUAGAUGAGCUGAAAGUUCCUGAUGUUGCAGCUUCUAGUGUCGAUUUGUCUUCAUUUCAUUUAAGUUCGUCUUCGUCUAGUUUUUAUUUAUGGCAUUCUCGUCUUGGACAUGUAUCUGGUUCACGUUUAAAGUACUUAGCUUCCACAGGAGCAUUAGGAAAGUUACAAACCCAUGAUAUUUCAGAUUGUUAUGGUUCCGAAUUGGCAAAAUUUUCUGCUUUACCUU